CAGCCAUCCGAAGUCCAAGCCGGUCGUUGACUCUUCCGCCGCCGCGCGCGCGUUCGUCUUCUAUCGUGGUCCAAAACACACGUUAUCGCCAGCGUUUACCGCAGCUGCAUACUGCUGUAAUACGACGACGUCUCGCGUCACUGUCCGUACGGAAGAUUUUCGCCGCAGCGAAGAGAGAGAAAUAUAAUAUAUAUAUAUAUACGUAGGUAUCAUCCGCGAUAAUCGCCGCGACCGCCCGACUCACUGCUGCCGCGGCUGUCGCGACGACACACACGAUACGUUCCGUCGCCCGUAAGCGAUAUAAAUAAUAAAAAAAAAAAAAACACGCACGAAGGGCACCACGCGAAUCAUGACCGCUUGCUGCCGUCGUUGUCCAGCCAAGCGCUCGUAACCGCGGCCGCGCGACCACCGCCCGCCGUCCGUCGUCCACAAGCGCCGAGCGCCAACCGUGUGCAGCAGCCAACAUCACGUCUAGCCGUCGCUGACACAAGUCCAACGCUCGACCGCGACCGUCACCAUGACCGCCAAAGGGACCGAUCGCCGGUCGUCGUCGUUCAAGGUAAACGCAUCACCGCAUUACUUUAUAUAACUAAUACGUUCUGGUAGGCAACUGCAAAUUGCCUAAUACCGAUUAAAAUCAUUCACUCUUUAUACGGGCCGAAAAAACUACCGAGACGAUUCGACGUCCGAUUUUCUUCUUCACUCUUAUUUUCACCCGUGCAUCCUCGUCCUAUCGUCAUUAUUUCCUAUAAUUUACCCCACACUCCUUCGAAUCUCCCCUGUAUAUAUAUAUAAUGUAGACUCUGGUUCACAAUUAAAUUGUCCCUAUCUUCUUGACGUCGUUUCUCGUUCUCCCGUUCCCUACUUUUUAGUGUUAACAAUAUUGAUAUAUUUCUUUGAUUACAGGAAAGAAGAGCUUUAGUCAAUGUUUGGAUUUUUUUUUUUAUAAUUUUGUCUAAUGCCAUUUUUUUUCCUUUCAUUUGUUGAUCUAAAUGCCAUUAGUGCAAAUGUAUUUUAACUCGUAUUAUACUGAAAAUUCAAAUUUCUUAAAUCACUAUGAUGCUUAUUUUGCAUGACAUAAAAGACAUUAGUCAAAUAUAAUAAUAUGACUUUAGCCAUUUAAAACGGCAAUUUAGGUUAGGAACAUUUAGACAUUUUAAAAAUGUAAUUUGCUUUUACCGAAAACUAUACAAAAUUGACUACAGCUCUUCGAAUGGAACGAUCUUUCACGAGAUCGAAUAUUUAACGAAUACGAUAGUUUUUAAUAGGUUAUUCUUUUUGAAUAACUAUCUUUUUGCGAUUUUCGUAAAUUCAUGAAUAGUGGAUACAUAUUUUAAUUUUGUGCGUGUUUUAUAGUUGGUAUUAUUUAUAUCAAAUAGAAGACUACAUAAUAAACUUGAUAAAAUCUCAAAGCACAUCAUAACGUAUAUUUUAUUAUUUUAACUAUAAUUAUAGUUAUUAUUAUAUUGAUUAUGUGCAUUUAGUAGUGAGUACUAACUUUUGAAAUAGUGUACAGGCAUUUUAAAUAUUUUAUGGUGGAACAGGUACGGAUCUAGAGCAACGAUCUGGGGGGAUGGAGGGGCCAACAAUUUUUUUACAACACAAAUACGAUUAAAAUAUAAUAUAUUAUUUUAUCAUACAUAUCAGUGAUUGGAAUAUAGUAAUAUCAGGAUCUAUAGAAUUAUAAAAAAAAAAAAAAAUCGAAGAAACAAUAUGUCUAGGGAGGCUUAUAUCACCAGGCCCUCUGAAUCCGUCCCUGGGUGGAAUAUUAUUACAAUUAUACAAAGUUGACUUAGACCUUUCUUCCCUGGGACCAAAGAUUAACUAUAUUUACGUAUUAAAUCCUUUAUUUGUAUAUAAAAGAGUAAUUCGAAAUAAUUUAAUUGCGAACGUUUUGUGUGCAAUGAACGUUUAAGAUAGUAAUAAUGUAAUGACCGAGGAUAUUAUAUUAUACUCAAAUUUAGAAAUUUCGGAUCGUUACACUAAAUUAAUCUAGAUGAUUAGAUGGAUAUAUUAUACUCCAUCAAAAUGAGUACAAUAGAAUCGAGUUCAAACGAUAUUUAAAUCCUUUGCAAUUGUAAUAUUCCGUGUAUGUACAGGGUGUCCCACGAUGAACUGACACUUGAAAUAAUUUUCGUUCUAUUCAAUAUUUUUUUAUUUGAAUAAUUAGCAUACCUGUGCGCUCCAAUUAAUAAAUUACAAUUUGUUUUCUUUAGGUGGAUGAACAUAAAAUAAAAAAAUAAAAAUUAUAUUAUAACUUUUUAAAAAUCCGAAAUAGAUUUUUAGACAAUUUGGUGGUUGAAACUCUUAUUUAGGUAUGGUCUUUUAUAUUCUAUAUAUUCUACAAUUUUUUGAAGGUUUUGCUAAUGCGCAUAUUAUUGUGGUUUAUAAUCUAUUAUAAUAUUUUUAAUAUCAAUAGUUGGAGCACAUAAAAUUACAAGAAUUUUUUUUUUCCACGAGUCAAUAAUCAUGCAAUAAUAUUGCUUACUAUAGUGACUACUGAUUAAAUAUUAUAGAUUAUAAACCAUAAUAAUAACCACAUUUACAAAAAUUUCAAAAUAAUUUAGAAAAUAAAAGAUCACACAUAAAUAAAAGUUUCAUUCUCCAAAAAUUUUCUAAAAAUAUAUUUUACUAGCUAUAGCUAUUUUAAUUUUUUUUAAAAAAAAUUAUAGUAAACUUUUUAACUUUUAAUUUUAAUGUUUCCUUGUCUAAAAAAAAUAAAAAAAAUGCUUAAUUUAUAAUAUUAACUGCAGCGCGGAGACAUACUAAUUAUUAAAACACAAUAUUGAAUUAUUGAACAAAAGUUAUUUCAAGUGUCAGACCAUCGCGGAACAUCCUGUAUACACAAUAUAAAAUUUAAUUCGUUUUAAAUAGUAGAAUGCUUAAUAGCGAAUUUGUAGUCGAUUUAUAAACGACAAAAUAUUAUAGGUAGCAGGUACCUAUAAGCAAUCAUUUUUAUAUUUUAUCUUUAUAUGAUAGGUACUCUUGAAAAUUAUAAUAUUACUUUUCGAGUGUUUCGACCCAUUACAGUACGUGUUAACAUUUUAUUUAAUUUUCCUACAAUUACGAUCAAUUUCAAUAUUUAUAAUUUAUACAUAAAUAAUAGAAUUUUAAUUGUUUUAAUUUUUACGUGUUAUGCAAUUAUUAUUAUUAUGAUGACAAACAAACAUUGAAGAGAUUUCCAUAGAGGCCCGGUGUGGCGAUUUUUAAAAAUUUGGAAAAUUUUAACUUUAUUUUUAACAUUUUUAUAGUCUUAACGAUAUCUCCACUAAUGUUUAUAGAUUUUAUACUAUCCACCAAAAAAAAAAAUAUAUAUAGUUUAUAAACAAUUUGUAAUUAUUUUAAUCAAAAUUACAAAGUAUUGAACUCUGAUUUUUAUUUAAUUUUAAAUAAUGGUAUAAAAUAUUUGGUAAAAAGACAUUAAAUUUACUUUCUUAUUUUCUUAAGACGUAUUAUUAUAAUUAGUUUGGAAUUGAAAUAUUGAAAAAAAAAGAGUUCAAUGCGGGCUGCAUAAAAAUUCUUCCCAGCAAAAUCGGACUAUUCUAUGUUAUAAUAUUUUAUAUGGAGUUAGAGAGAUUUUUCUGUAAACCAUGGUUUUAAGCUAAAACAUGCAAAGACACCGGUGGAGAUUAGGGGUAAUAUUUCACUAAUUUCAUUGACCCCUCUAAAAUUUUACCACCCUCCCUCCACUUCAGUAAAAUAUUACAGUAAUCAAUAAUCACUGUUAGACUGGUAAAAUAUAUAUAUAUAUGUAUAUAUGUAUAUUCACCUCGGGCGUCAAUAUGAAAAUGUAUGUAAUGUUUAAAAUCCAAAACCCGCUGAUGUAUUGAUAAUUAUAUAUUGAUAAUAAUCAUAUCAUAUCAUUUUGUUCCCAAAGUUGUACGGGACGUGUGUGUUUUUUUUCGACAAUCAUUUCUCGAUUCUACAUACUUAAUAAAUACAUACUAACCGAAAUACCGCCAACGCAGUCAUAAAAACGAUAAUCAAAAUUCCAUAUAACUUUGUUAUUAUUGGAACGCAGCUGACGACGAGGGGUUAGAACGAGUUCUUUUUUUUUGCAAUCCCGAUUAACGAUGAACAAGCUCUUAAUUGGUUGUCGGUCACGCACGUUUGUCAUGAAGCGAAAAAAAAAAUAUAUAUAUAUAUAGAUAUGUAUACCUAUACCUAUAUUAUAAAAAGGAAGCAAUAGUAGGAAGAAAAAAAAAAUGCAAUCCUAACCAAAUUAUUUAGCAUCGUUCAUGUAGAAAAACGACUGGGAAACAAAAACAGUGCAAGUUCAAUGACUGCAGCACGAAUGACCGCAAGAAUCCUGGCAGACCGCAAUGUCCGUAUAAUAUAUAUAAACGUGCGUCAUCAUGCGUGACUCAGGAAAAAUUAUGAUUAUUUUCAAUGGGUUCGAUUGUAAAAGUUUCAUUCACAGAAUCUCGUCGUGAUGGAUAUCGGAGAACCGGUAAUCUUAAUAAUGCCGGUAGUCGAAAUCCGAGAUGCGAAUAUAUUAUUAAUUUCCUAAAUAAUAUUUUUCUUAAAAAAUUAACCAGUCCGUUGUUCGUGUCGAGAUGUAGGGUCUAACAGUUAACAAACGGAAUAUAGAUCUCUAGUCAAGUUGUUUACUAGACUGAAGAUUAAUUAGUCUAAUCAACUAGAUUCUUGUAUUGAACUCUAUUGAGUUGUCACAAAUUUGAACGACACAUUAUUUCUUCUUCUUGAGUGUUACAGGCCAUUAUAGGGCCCCAUCACGCAACCAAUCCUCCAGUUCUCCUUGUCAACCUUCCAUGUUCGGAUCUUAAUUUUGAAAUUCUACUUAUCUAAUAUUUUUUAUGUUUUGUUAUAAAUAUAGAUUUAUUAUUUAUUAUUUUACUUUAAUUUUCAUCUUUUUGAAGGAACCCUGCAUGUUUGGUAUCUGGAAAAUAAUUAGUAUGUUUUAAUAUUUUUUCCUUGACUCGUCUACGAAAUUCAGAACCACUUAAUUAUAUUUUUAUUUUAAUUCCAAUAGUUCAUUAUAUUAUUUACCAUAAUUUUAUGCCAGUCGAAUAAAAGUCCAUUUGGUUAUUUUUUUCUUUAGAAUAAUAAUAAAAAAUAAAAAUAUAUUCCGAAAUUUGCGGUUAAUUUAUUGCGGUUUACAAUAUAUUUGAAAAAUCACGAGGCUGCGUACUGCAGUUUUUCUGAGUUGGAAUAACACGUCGUGAGUGUUUUCAUAUUUUACUAUUCCUUUAUUAUGGAUAUUUCGUCAUGUUCAAACGGUUUUAUAUUAUUUUAUUUUCUUAAUAAUUUUUGGUUGCAUAUUUUUUUUAGCUGUAUAUUACGCGUAGAUACAUAACCCGAAGCGAUCCGUCGAUUUGUACGAUUUUUUUUUUUUUAUUAUACCUCGCACAGAUUGUGGCUAUUAUUUUUUCUCGCCUAUUAAACUCCGCAAUUGCCCAUAUUACUAUUAUCAUUACGGUUGACCGUCGUGCUGUGACACGAUUAGAUAUUAUUGUGAUUGACGAUGACGACGGUUAUACGUAAUUUAUCAUAAUUACUAUAAAAGGAUGAUCGGAAUAUAUAUACUAUUAUAUACAAGUAAGUAUAAUGCGUAUUCGGCCGAUAUUGUUUUGAAAAUGUUAUACACAAAAAAAUUGGCAUUAUACCUUCCUAUUAUAUCUGUAUACUAUUUUACCAGUGGUGUUCGGUUUCAAAAUCCGAUUAAACAUUGCGGAUAAUCGAACUACCUGACCAAAUCGAAAUCACAACCAAGAGAAAUAAACAAUCGCGCCAAUUUUAUUGUAUAUAAUAUACAUAUUUUAUAUGAUUUAAAAAAAAUGUAAUGGAUUUUUAAGGUAUAAUGUUGAAAAUGGUAAAUUUUCACGGAUUUCUUAAAAUAUUUCCAUAUAGGAUCCUAUAAAUCGGGCUCCGUAUAACAUCGUUACAAUCUUAAAUGUAAUCAUUUUCGGUAGGUAUUUGUGAAUUUCUUUUUAACAAUCCGUAGAUUGGUUUAAUAAUAUCUCCCUAAUCACAUCCCGUCCAUUGAUCGGAAAAAAAAAUUAAAUUUUUCAAAAGCUCUGUUCGUGCCACUCAAGAUGGUCCAUAUUUUCUGUGGUGUGGCGUCAAGCACGUAUAUCGUUGUAAAUCUUUUCAUAUAUGACAUGUAAUAUGCAUGUAGAUAUACAAAUCCUUCACAUAACAACAUAUUUCAAUAUUUUUCACUUUAACGUACAACAGAGAACAAUGCAUGAUGACAAAUUGAACACAACGCACUGCAAUAACUUAUCUCACUUAUAAACGAUCAGAUAUACCGGACGGAUUCAAAAGUAAUUUUCUAGUUAUUUUAAAUUAUAUUUGUUCGGUCGAUUAACGUAUACGAUCAACUGUUUUUGAUCAAUUGAUGGCACGUGCGCCCGUCUUGGUCUUCCUUUUCCUGUAGAUUAUUUACCUUAGAUUUUUCCUUCAAUUAUACGCCCAUGUAUUAUUAUUCCUUACAUAAGAUGAAGCUUAUCCAUUUCGUCCAUAAUCUCCUUUCGUUUAUCCUAUAAUAACUUUUUUAUUUGUCACUCGUUCUGUCCUGGAGAUUUGUAACACCCUUUAGUCAACACCAUCUGUAUAUAAACGGAUAACAGAAUAAUUUCACCCGUGGGCAAUAUUAUGACGGAGUCUUCGGCGGAACACGACACCGACGAAUUUGCUAAAUAACACACGUCGAAACGAACACCUUUAUGGUUAAUUUUUUUUUUCUUGUAAAACCAAUAACUCCCUAUAAUCUCCGACAAUAAAAUAUUAUAUUUUCUUUUGUGUGUACUGCUGCUGCAGCACAACACCGCCUGCAUUACCAAGCUGUAUAUUAUAAAUUCUAUACAGACUGCUAUUAUAAACGCAAAUAAUGAGUGUGACGGCGUUUGGCCGGAUGAUUAGCAGUUUGCAACAUAAAAGAAUAGGUACGACGGCGGGGAGAGAAACCGGUGUUGUAUAAACCACGUAUAGUACAUGUGUACGUACACAAAUAAAUGUAUACCUUUAUAUGUACUGGAUUAAAAAACGACGGGGUACCGAAAACACAAUAAAUAAUGCGCUACUGUAGGUUAGUGUGUCUUUAUCGACAUUCAUUUUCCACCGUUUGAAAUGUUAUUUUAAAUAUAGGUAUACCAGCUGCCUAUAGUAUUAACAGAAUAUAGUUUAAUGUGAACCGAUCAAUAUUCAUUAUAUACUUGGCUCUAUAACAAUAAAUACAAUUAAAUAAUAAUUAACUAAAAAAAAUUUUAAAAAUCGGUAUUCAUUUUCGAUUUUUAGUUUUUUUUCAUCACUUUAUUGGAGAUGAGUUCGGUCUGUUUUACAUAAACAUUAAACAUAUUAAUAAAAUAUAGAAAUUAUAUUAUGUUUUGAAUCGAUGUAUCAAUCCGUAAUUGAAAAUAAUUCAUUAAAACCUUGGUGCAACGGACUACAGAUUCCACAAUUUCUAAAAAUGUGCCUUUUGACGGCAUAAUUCAGAGGAAAAAUUGGUUCUUUUUAUUUCGUGGCAACAAUAUCAGACGAAUCGAAAAAAGUAAAAAGGUAUUAUUUUUUUCCUCAACAAACAAUUAUUUCAAGAAGUGGAUAAUUUAUCUGCUGGUUGUUGCUCCGAGGUUUUUAAUUGGGUAAUUUUUGUAACAGCAGAAGUAUAAUAUUUUCGCAAUAAAUAUUUAUUAAAUUUUGCAUCGCCGACAUGGAGCGUAUUGAUAUCGUGGUUUUUUAACCCGAUCAUCAUACGAGUUUUUAUUUCUUGUUUUCUGACGCGGGCGGACAAGGACCGUUCUAUUUUUUUUUUCGCCGUGUUUUAUUUUGUAAUCCAAGUUCACCGGCGAUUUUUCUGCAAGACAUUCUUUUAUUAUUGUGAAACGUUUCGGAUGUGACGCGUAGUAAAGCAUAUUACCGGUAAGACGACAUUUGUCAUCGUCAAACAGUGGGUAUUAAUUGAAAUAUACCCAAUAAGAAAAUAUAUCGUAUAUUACUAUAUUAUAUUAUUAUUGUUAUUAUUAUUACUAUUAUUAUAUUGUUACUCUGCGGGACAACGACAAUAUAAUGUUCUCACCGGUCCAUCGAUGACUGCUAUACAGAUAAACCUAUCAAUAUUCUCACGAGAAUCGCAAUAACGCAAUAAUAUAAUAAUAUAUAGAACUUGUCAUGAUGCGUACCAUACACACGUAUCUAUCUGUAUAUAUAUUUAUAUACUUAUAUACAGUAUGCGUUUUCAAAUUAUAAAACCAUUAGCUUUUUUUUUUUUUUUUUUUUUUUUUUGCUGCUCCGUUGCUUAGAAAGUCAGAAUUUAAAAUUUAUACAGGUACGAAAACUAAUUUAGUUUUCGUACAUUGUGUUAUAGUUUUCCGUUAUGUCGCAUAAAAGAGUAUAAUAUACUAAGUAUAAUAAUAUAAUUACUAUACUUUUACCAGUAUACCUAUACUAAUUUACGAUGUAAUAAACGAAUAUUAUGUACACGUUUCGUCCGAUAAUAAUAUAUCUAAGUACCUAUAUCAAUUUAGAUUUUUCAGACAUCUUUUUCUGUUAGUAAAAAUGCUCAGCACUAUUCACACCAUAUUUUUACAAGUGAGGAUUUUUCACCCGGUGGUAUUUUAUUUGAAAAUAUUCACGACAGUUUUACUAUGAAAAAAAAAAUAAAAAAAAAAUGAUAACUUGAUACCUACAUUGAUUUUGGUUGAUUUCUGCUUAUACGAGGAGGAAAACACGACUAAUAUUGUUAACUUCACCUACCAACAAUAGUGUACCCAAUGGGAGGGCCAAAUGGACUCAGCCCCCCCUCCAAAUUGGACGUGUUAAAAUACAAAAAGUAUAUAUAUUUAGUUACAUAAGUUGAUAUUUUGAUUUUCAAACGUAUUACGAAUAUUCGAAAUAUUACAGUUUAAAAAUGCUGCCUAGCUGGAAGUGUCUAUUACGCCAGUACAAAAUUGGGUUUUUGUUGAUGCAUUAGUAUUUUUUCUGUAGCGUUUAGAAACGAACAUGUUUUUUUCUCUUGCCGAAAACGAUAUGUGACGAAAAACAUGAGCAACGGAUAAACGUAAAAUGUUCUCGUUAAACUAAAAAAAACUCCAACUGAGUGCUAUAAAUUGUUAAAAGAGGCCUAUAGUGAGGAUUUCCUAUCUCGGGCGCGUGUUUUUGAGUGGCAUAAAUUAUUUUCUGAAGGUCGAGAGUGCACCGGAAUCCAAUUCAGUCGUAAUCCAAAUUCAAAACCAUGCUNCGAUAUCAACGGCAUCGUGAUGACUGAAUGGGUUCCAGAGGGUGAAACUGUGAACCAACAUUACUAUUUGACAAUUUUGGCAACAGUUUUGGAAAAACAAGUCGUGGAUCUUGCACCAGGAUAACGCACCUGCCCAUAACGCGCUGUCUGUGUAGCGUUAUUUGGCCGCUUAAGGCACUCCAGUACUCGAACACGCGUCUUACUCACCCGACUUGGCACCCUGCGACUUUUACUUGUUUCCGAAGAUAAAGUCUGCCUUAAAAGGAAUCCGGUUCGAGUCGAUGGAAGAGGUGAAACAAAAAUCGGCGGAACUCCUGAAUGGUCUUGCGAAAACAGACUUCCAGCACUGCCUCGAGCAACGGAAGAAACGAAUGAAACGGUGUGUGAAGAUGGGAGGAGAGCAUAUUGAAGGGGAACAUUCGGUUGCGGAAUAAUUUCUAAAAUAAAAGCGUUUUCCAUAAGCAGUCUCGUUAUUUAAUAGCCAGACCUCGUAUCAUUACACAUUUUUAGUGUCACGACGACGACGACGAUCGAACCGCAGGUAUGAUAACGAUAAUUACAUAAAUAUACGACGGGGUAUUUGUAGAUGCAGUUUAUAACAAACGAUACAUGGCAUUAUAAAGUCGCAGCGCAGACGCAUUAUGAAACCGUCGCGGUACACCUGCAUACCAGCGACGACCGGUGGGUACGUCUGACCGUAAGUGUAAAAACGCCGUACGGACGAUAAGACCGCGUAAUACCCGUACGGUUUUCGGUCAGGCGCGCAAUGCGAUCAUAGCGGCGUUAGCGACGUUAGCGACGAAACGGUCGAGGUAAAUUCGGCUCUCGUAGACGCACGCGACGGACCGCGGUUGUAAUGUUACGCGAUUAUCCGCGCGGCGGCCGCGGAGUUAUUAUGUCCCGUUCUCGUUCUCGUUGUUAUUAUUAUCGUAGUUAUUACUUAUUGUACGGCAUGGAACUGCGGGCCUCUCGGACUCGGUGUAAUUCGUGCGCUCCACGCCGACACGGUUCCCGAAGUGCGCUGAAACAAUACAACAAUAAAUAACAAUAUCGUUAACAAUGCUAACGAUUACGUCGUCGCCGUCGUCGUCUCCGAGGAUCCGUGUAUAUGGGUCAAUGGGUCUCGGGCGGCGGCGCGAUUGUCGUGAAUCACCGUCCAGGUAUCCGCCGCUGCCGCCGCCAGCCGCCAGCCGAGAGUUCGUGCGUGGUACGAAUGUCGAUUGACGAACUCUCGCCGGCCGCCGUACAAUAUGUGGGUUAUCCCGUAUCGCCCGAUCUCUGUCCGACCGCGCCGGGUGCGCGUCUCCGGCAAUCCCGUUACCGGAGGCCGGUCGUACGCGUAUACGCCGCGGUCGUAAUAAAUGCGACGUACGGAAGCGUACGAGCGCGGCGCAGAAAAACGGAAAACGGAACGUGCCCGCGGUAUAAUAAUCGUUAAUUAUACCGGAAGCUACCGAAAGCUGCAAACGGUGACCGGUGAUGUGUCGUCGUACAAUGCGUAUUCGUAUGCUGUGAGCGCAUUUCCCACACCGGAUGAUUCGUAAACAGGUACCAUAUUAUCGGCGAAUAAUAAUAAUAAAACCGAUAGAUCGAUGUUCGGCCAAUGCGCAUCCGGGUGGACGCCUAUUAUAAUAUGGACGCGUCGAAAAAUAAAAGUGAAUUUUCGUGGACUUUGCCGCGGUCGUAAUGGUAUCGUCGUGCUUAGAAUCCGAAAUACAAAAAAAAAAAAUAAAUAAUAAUCGCUUCACACAGUUUACUACGGGUAUUCGUCGAGUUUGCAUUUUAUGGCCGAGGAUUCUUACAGUGACGUUUAUAAUUUAUUUGCGUUCCAAAUCGCCCGGAAACGUCGAGACUGUCGUCUGGCUUUACGCAGUUCGACCGAUACAAUUUUUUUAUUUAUUUAUUUCUUUUUUAUUUUUGAUACACUCUGUAUACGGUGUUCGUGGGUUUGUAAAAUGAUACGAGUGUGUGUGUGUGUGUUGUAAUUACACGUAGCGGUCAAGGUUAUAUACUUAAUACAGGUGCGGCAUAAACGAUCGGACGAGAGACUAUAUUGCGAUCGCGCGUACGUGCGGAUAUUAUUUAAAUUUAUACGUAUUUUUUUUUUUACACUAUUAUUAGUUUUUUUUUUUCUCAGGCGACAUUGCUAAAAAUGUUCCAGUCACCGUGUCUUCGGCGGUAUAAUAAAUUAUAUUAUCAUCGUGACGCCGAUAUCGAUGUACCGGUGUACGUACUAUAAUAAUAUAUGAAGAGGCUUCCAUGUGCACAUUGGAAAUAGUAAAAUGAAAACAAAAAAAUGAAUACUGGCAAUCACGAUGCAUACCGUUAUGCGCACGAUGUUUUAUCAUUAUUUGUUUUUUUUUUCUAAUCUCCAAACACGCUUUACCCACGAAAAAAACGAGAACUAUAAUAGAAGUGGCCGCAAUUACUGCAAGUUUGGGUAAAUUGAUCAACAAAUUACACGUUUGAGUACAAAAUGAUGAAUAUCACGCGUUUGGAUGUACUUUAUAUAACACACCAGUACGGAAAACUAACCUAACCUGUUGGUUCAAAUCUGAUACUGCUCUGACUAGGAAGUUCUUAAAAGUGCGCUAAGAGUGUAAACAUAAAACCUAUAAUCGAUAUAAAAAAAAUGCUAUGGGUUCGGGUAUAGGUCACGUCUAUCCACGUCGGAUAGGUCAUACAAAUUGGAGGUACGAAAGUACCAAGUGAUAUUUAGUGAAGUGGUGCAACCAGGGGUGGGUCCCGGGCAGUGGCGUAAUUUGAGGAGGAGCACGGGAGGCAUUUGCACCCCUUUGUCGUUAGUGGGUUUGUCGGGCCGGGUAUGGGCUGGGGUUGGGCUAGUUUUGGACCACAAGCCUGCAAACAUGAUUCAUGCCAUUAUGUUUUAUGAUUUAUGUUGCAUACGACCACUCCGAGAUACAGUUUUUUAAAAUUUGUUUGCGAUAAUAAUUGUAAUAAGUGUGAUAAUUGUUUACAAUAUUUUUUUAUUGUACAUUUUGUUAACAUUGAUAGAGUUAAUGUAAAUUUUUGGAGAGUGUCUAUUCUUAUUUAAUCUAUUCUAUAAUUAUACUUAUGUUUAUGGUGACAUAGUUGUUUUUGUUUUUGUUUUUUUUUUGUAAAUACAUGUAAAAUUCUCCUCAAACUAAGUCUUCAUAUAGUAACUAAUAUAGGUAACUAAGGUAUUUAGAUAUUCCUCUACAUAUAUAUUAAUUAUUUAGUUAUUAUCGUUCCUAAAAAAGUGGGUUAUUUAUGCCUAUAAUAGUUAGUAAAAGAAUGAUGUAAUAAAGAUAUUUGUAUUGAGAUAAAAAUGUAAUUGUGAUGAAUAAGUUAGCGAACGGUUUUUUUUCGGUUUUAUUAUCGACUGGUCAAACCUUUUACCCCUUCUCCCUCCUUCUCUCAAAAAUUGAAAUAACGCCACUGGUCCCGGGUCCGGAUCCCCGCCUUUGGACCGUGUCGUACCUUCUUACAAUAAUAAUAAUAUAAUAAUGUUUGACAGAAGUGAAUAGUUGAUUGAAACUCGGAUAAAGAAUCAUAAAUCAGUUCGGCUACCGUGAUAAGAAAAAAGCACGAUAAAAACAAUAAUCACGCGUGGUCUCGGAUCGAGAAGUUAAAAUAAUUGUAUUUCUAUAGUCCACUCGACUAAAAAUUAUUUUUGUACCAAUGAUUCAGUAUGUUUGUGUAUAAUAAUUGUCGUGAUUAUCGUGUGGUAUUUAUGUUCCCAAACGUGUUCUACAUUAUUUGCGUGUAAAAAUAUUCAAACGUAUACCGAAACAUGCUGGAGACCACUGUAAAUGUACCAAUUCGGUCCAGAUAUCACACGGGCACAGACUAUUAUAUUAUACCUAAUAUGCGUAUACUUAACACACAAUCAUAAUAUUAUGCCGGAGGACCGCCACCGACUAUUGACUUGUAAUUACACGAUUAAUUAUUAUUCUAUCUAUAUAAUAAUAUAGAGAGUCUUCGGAGGUACAGUAGGUCAACCGUUGCCACGUUCCUUAUUAUAUAUCUAGGUGUUAUGCAUCGGACGUCGAAUUUUACAAAACGGUUUCCUUCAAAUUUUGUACGUGGCUAUAUUUUUUUCAAUCGUGAAGAAUCAAUAGUCAUUAGUGUAUAGUUUAUAUAUUAGCGAUCGUUAUUUUACGCGUUUAAUUAACGAUGUAUUCGAUUUCUAUCGGCGAGCCAAUAUUAUUUUUUCCGAUAUUUGCUACCGAUACCCGAUCCGAUCCGAUAUUCGAAAUCGAAAACCAUUAUUUGGUAUUAAAAUCAACCGAUUUAAAACCGAAUUUUUAGUGCUUUUUUCAUAUUUCAAGAGAUACACGUAUUAUAAACAUUUUUUCCUGAAAAUCCGAAAAUAUCAGUUUUGAAAAAAUCAAACAUCCGAUUAACCACUCCCCUUACAAUGGGCUAUGGUUAUUUAAAUAAUUAUAGUUCUCACGAUUUAACAAGGAUGUUAUAUUGUUCUAUGACCAUACUACACCAAAAAAUUAUCAUAAGAAUUGUAUUAUUACAUGAGCUGUAUAGGUGUUCACUUCAGUCAUAUUAUGUUUGGUAAUUAAUUUGUUGAUUUUUACUAUUUUUCUCUAUUGCCGUGUCAUCGAAACAUUAAUAUUUUAUCGGAGCUAAGUUUAAACUGUUUUAAAAAAAAGCAAAUUAAGUUUUAUGUUUAAAAAAGUUUUAGUAUAUAAUACGUGCAUAUAAUUUAUAUAUUAUAAUUGUUUACUACUUCAACAUAAAUUUGUUGUAGUAGUUUGCCACAUAUACAUGUGUAUGUAUAUAAUAUAUACAUAGUUAUAACCUGAAUAUAUAAUUCCGGACAAUGAACUUAAUAAUAUCAGCUUUGUACGAAAACCAGUUUGUUAUAAAUUUACAAUUUGCGCGAUCAGUUCAACAAUUUUUUAUCGAGUUUAUCGAUUAAUAUGUUUACCUACAUGAUUGCAUUAUAUAAAUUACCUACAUUUUUAUAAUAUUAAACAUAAUACAAGUAGUAACGUAGCGUUGUAAUUGUAUAAUAUGUACCAAAAAUAUUAUGUUCAACUAACAAAAAUAAAUAAAUAAAAUAAAUAUGGUAUUAUUUAUAUUAUGCCCAAAUAAUUGAAUUAUUUUUUAUUUAAGUUUAGCAUCCCGUAGGCUGAUUAACAACAAUUCUUCAUUCUACUCGUGUUCCUAAUUUCUCUUUCAGCUCUUACACAGAGAUGUGAUGUACAAUUGUUCAUGUCCCUAAUUCAUUUUAGUAAUAUUUAUCAUGAUAAUGUUAGAUAGAAUGAAAAUAUAUAGUAUUUAAACGAUUUUUUUAAUCGUUAUACUUAAAUACAAUACAUUUUUUGAAAAUACUAAAAUGUGUUAAUUAAUUAUAUAUUAAAUUUUAGAUAUAUAUUCAUAUACGUCAGAUUUCACCUUUCGAUGGGUUUUAGUUUAUACAAAACAUUGUGAAUUCGUCUUAUUAAUUAAUAGAACACAUUAAAUUUUAAUUUUAACUAAUACGUGUUCAAUGUUUUACUAAUUAUUCAACUUGCUUACGUUAUAGACAUUAUGCUAAUAUAAGAAUUUAAUCGAUUGAAGGGUAUUUAAAAUUAAUAAUAAUUAUAUUUUGACAUAAUAACGACAAGAAUAAAUGUAUAACGUAUAUAGUUUUUAAUUAUUAAUUGAAAAUCCGUUUUUGUGUUUUAGAUAUUACGAAUGAUUUAUGUACUGUCCUUGUGCAAGUACUCGUGGGCUGAACUUUGUGGUGGUAACGGUGAAUCUCUCAAAUACUUACGAGGCGAUGCACUAUCCGACAAUUUGGAUUGCAUCGGCCCAAAUGGUAAACCUUAUCCAGAGUAAGUUAACAAAUAGUUAAAAAAAUAUACAUAAAGUUAUAAACAAUAAAAUCUUUCUACUCGUACAUCGAUGUACGGUUCAACGAAACCGUUAAGUAAGUUACUCGGUGAAAGUCUUGUAAAAUACCUAUACGCCAUCAGAUGCCCCUUUUAUGGUUUAAUUAUUAUGACUUUUCGUUUUUUUUUUUAUUAUCUAUUGACCGCCAAACGUAGAUAUUUGCUAUUCGUGUUUUUAGUUAUUUUCAUGUAUCUGCAUUUAAUUUACAGAUCAAUUGUAGCCGGUACAUAUAGGCGUACCCAUAACUGGGGAUCGUCGAGGACAGGACGUGAUGCAUUUCGAACCGAAUCCUCGAAACCGAGUCCCGAAACAGUACGGGAGACACUUUUGAAAACCUAUAAAUUUAAUAAUCACAAUGAAGAUUAUACAAUUAGCAGAACUGGUGAGUAAUUAAUUCGAAAUUAUUAAUUUAAAAAUAUAUUACAACGGCUAAACAUAAACAAUAAAACGUAUUAUUGGCUGCACGAUAUUUCUAUGCAUCCUUAUUAGUUUUAAAGAUAAAAGUUCAAAGCUGGGAUUUAAUAAUUAAUAAAAAAGUUAAAAGGUAAAUUAUUAGUUGCUUUUUUUUUUGAUAAAUUUAAAUUUAAAUACAGUAAAAAGAAAAAUAGAAUAUUAAAUUACUUAGGUUUUCUUUUAAUAGAUUAUUUUAACUUAGUUUUAUUAUUUGCUUAAAACUUGAGGUCUUUUUAAAAAGUAAUUUAAAUUUAAAUGUCUGGCAGUUCUAGUUAAUACAUUUGAAUCACUAAUUUAUUGUAGAAAGGCACAUGUUACUUUUUAACGAUAUUUAUUAGUUAUCUUCUGAUUUGUAUUUAUCUAUCUUACAUACAUAUUUUGUGUAAGAAUAAGGGCUAGUCCAUUAAACCGUUAUGGAAAUAUCAGCCACUAAAUAUAGUGAUUGGUGCAGAAAGGGUUCGAAUUUAGGACAUGUGUCAAUGUGUUAGUUAUUUGCCAAUACAAUAAUUAAUAUAUGAAAUUUUCUACUAAAAGCCAAUAACGUAUCGGGCAUAAAUAUAGGUCACAAAUUGGAUAUAGACAUGUAUACCUAAAAGACAAUUGUUUUCAAUAAUAUUCUAUCAGACGAUUGAUUUUAAAAUUACAAUUAUUUCCACAUUAGUCACGUUCCAUUAGACAAUUUUAACACAUCAUACAUUUAAGUUAUUAAAUUAAAAAUAUAACAUGAUAUAUUUAAUUUAAAUUUUGAAGAAAAAUUGGAAACAAUGAAAAGAAAAUCCCGAACGAAAUAAGUGUAUAAUAACACUGAAAAAAAAAACGAUGUCAAUAUUUCGACGAAUACAAUUGUAUCGUGUUAAAUAAAAACACAAUAAUCAGGCACGGUUAUACCUAUCGUUUGAUACACGACUUUUAUUUUUUAUACUAAUUUCCCAUUGACGAGAUAAUUGACGUUUGUUCUGUUUUUUUUCCGCGUAGUUCGAUCAUUCAAUUACGCCAAUUUAAUGGAAAUAAAAAAAAAUCAAAAUCGAUCUGCAAUAACAAUUGCAAUGAAAUAUCGGUCAAUCUGUCGCACCUAUAUAUAAUAUUAUGUAAAUCUUGGGAUCGUUUUUAAGGAAAUAAACGUUUUACACGGUUUUCCCGGUAUAGAGACACCGUAACCAAUCGAGUUUUAUUCGGAUAUUUAACAAAAUAAAUAACUACCUAUGAAUUCGAUGUAAUAAUGUAUAUAAUUUUCUAUCCUAAGUAUAGGAAAUUGUUCAAAUAGAUAUCUGUUGUAUCCGAUACGGAGCGAUACACUUUUAUUGAUAAUCAUUAAUGUAUAUUAUGAGAACAAGAUUCAAUUAUAGCAAUGUUCCUAAUUUUCUAUACAUUAUAUUAUUUUAUUUAGGUAUUACUAUAUACUGCUUUAUUUUUUAAACGUUUUACAAAAUGUAUUGAAACCUGACAAAUUAUAUAAUAUUUUUAUAAAUAUAAGUGCCCCAACGAAGAUUCGAUAAAUGUAAUAAUUUUUGUCGUAAUUAUUAUUAUACUUUUUUACUUUUUUUUUCUUUUUUUGGAACAAUUCAAAAUACUUCAAAAAAUUUUAGAAACUUAACGAUUGAUCAUAAGUUAAAUAUUUGAAACAAAAAAAAUUCUGCUUCAAUAUAUUUAUAAAUUAUAAAAUAAGAAAAUCUUAGAUUUUAAAAACGAUUCUUUUUAAAAUUAAAAUUUUUAAUUUUUUUUUACAAAACAUAAAAUAAGUAUUCAUAGGUUUUAGUAAUGAUUAAAAAAAAAAAAAAAAACAAACAUUGAAUAGAAUGAAAGUUAUUACAUUUUUCGAAUUUUCGUAGGACAUUUUAUAUAGAUAGUCAACAAUUUAGAUAUUUGUCCCUGUAUCUCUUGACUUUUACCGACGCAUAAAUUAUUAUUAUAUGUACCAGCAACUUUUUAUUUGAAUAAAUUUUCGAUACCUAUAAAAUCCAAAUCUAAAAGCCAAACAAAACUAAAUGAACUAUGUUUGGCGGAAUAUCAAUUUCGAAAAUUUGGAGAAAAUAUGUAAAACCAUACCCAUUAUUAAUAUAGAAAUAAUCUGUAAAACGGUUUUCUGGUGAUUUCAGCUCGUGAUUACGGAUCGACACCAGCCAAUCGUGCUGAUCUCUGUCAAUCGCCAAACAGGCUGUGUCGCACUAGAUACAAUACGACUGCUCCUAUGUACGGAGUGUCACUAACUUCCGGGCAGCCCGUGACUAUCGUUCAAAAGUUCCCAGAUCUGUUGCAGCAAGUCGUUUACGAAGUUUGCGAGUAAGUUUUCAAACCCAUUGCAUAAUUCGAGUUUGUGCCAUAAUAAUGAGUACACUCAUUAUCUCGAAAAGAAAUUAAGAAACAAGCAGCUCUAUAAUUUUGUGUUUAUGUUAUUUUUUGUCACCCUUUUUUUUGGGGGGAUAAAACCACUACUUACUUUUGAUUUUAAAAAAUACAAUCUGUCAUUAAAAAUUCUAUAAAUAGAUGGAUUUGAGUGUUGAAAUUUUUGAUUUUUGUCAAGCCGUUGACGAAAUAUUCUACUUUUAAGUUUAGGUUGAAGGAGAGUAGUGGUGCAUUAUUAACACGCCGCACGCCGUGCCGCCGCACAAAUGAUACAGGGGAUGACAAAAGAAUAGCAUAACUAUAAAAUUAUAGAGCGGCUUGUUUCUUAAAUAUUCUAGAAAACAAAUUUCAGAAAAAGUGUAUACUUUCCGAGAUAAUGAGUGUACCCACUUUAAAUGGAUCACCUGAUGAAUGCUCCAAGAUUUGUACCCGUAUAAUAUACUGGUGCGCGUUUUAUAAAUCUUCCGUUUUCCAUCAGAUCGAACGAGUGCGAUAUGGUCAGGGGCGAAUGCACGCAAACGUACGUGCCGUACCUGUUUCUGGUGAUACCUUUGGGACCAGUCACGCUCACCGGCCAGGACUACGUAUUGGUGGAGAGCGGAUGCGUGUGCAAACCGAAAGGCUCGUCUAGGCCCACGGCCCACGAACUGGUGUCCGCUGUUCCCGCGAUGCCUCGCCCGUAGUGCGUUUCGCCGUGCACACGCAAUUAUAACAAUGCACCUCGCCGUUCAUAUUUAUAUAUUAUGUAUUAUACCUAUACAUGCUACCUAUAUUAUGUUAAAUUAUAUAAAAAAAAAAUUAUAGGUUAGUUUAAGUUAGGUCUGGUCAGCCUGACCACGGUGCAUAAUGACCGAGUUACACAUAAUGUAAUCAUGCGUGAUUAUAUUAUAUGCGACAGCUUUCGUUCAACCAAAUAUAUACGUGCGCACACAUAGAGUAUAUACAUAGGUAUUAUAGGCUAAGUUUGUUGAAUCCAUUUUUGAUGGUCUCAUAAUGAAAAUUGUCAUAUAUAUAUAUAUAUACAAAAUGCAUCAUACCUACAUUAUUGACUUGUAUUAUAAAUUAUUAUAACAUUGUAGCCUCGUGCCCUGUUGUGCGUACGCCGCGUCAGUACACACGGGCGUCCAUUGUAGGGAGUUAAGGGUAGAGGGACGGGCACAUAUUUUUGCCCGUGGUUUUUUCGCAUUUAUGACAAUGUAAUGUAUAACGUGUAAAAAUAUAUAAUUUUCGUUUAAAUUAAUACAAUAUCCGGUAGACGUACUGUGCAUAAGAAUAUUAUUACAACGCAUUACAAUUUCGUUCCCUCCCCUCUAGAUUUCCUCGUACCAACGUAUAGGUACCACGGACAAGUAUCAUAUAGAGGUGUAAUGUGCGUGAGAACUGUUGAAACGCUCGUUUAUCCCAUGACACCUAUAUAAAUACAUAAUACGUACCCAGCUAAAAUACUAUAUUAUACACCUAUACGUAUAUUUAUUAUUAUUAUACAUAAUACAAUCAUAUUGGUAGACGACUCGAUUAUCAUAAUACGCUCAACUUAUGUAUUGGGGCCAAAUUAAUAAAAAUUAUUUAUGUAUAAUGUAUAUCGCGUAUGUACUAAGUAUUUAAAACACUGUACAUAUUAUUAAAUAUAUAGUUCGCCUCAUUCAAAUAUUGGUAGUCAAUUGUACACACGCACACUCAAAUAUACGGUACACACAUUCGCACGAUUUUUUAUUUUUUUAUUUUUUUUAAUUUAUGUGAUAUUAUAACAAUAUAUUUAAUACAAUAUUAUAUGUAUAAAAUAAAUUAUAACUGUAUACUCUAUUUGAAUUGACUACUAUAAUUAUAAUGUAUAGGGGGGUGGUCAAAAUUCAGGCAGAGAAUUCCCGACAGUUAAAACCCCGACAGAUAUACCGUAUGAAUUAAUUUUGUACCUUAGAGUACACGUUCACAUUAUAUUGGAUCUAACAAAUACUCUGUGUGGGAACACAAGAUAACUAAAAGAAUUUUAGCGUCAUUCUGAUCAGUGGAUUUAGACAUUGUCGUGAUUUUAACUGUCGAGAUUUCGCUGUCGGGAUUUUGACCCUGACCAAUAUAUAUAUAAUUAUUAUAAUGGGCCGAUUUUAUCUCGCGGAUGAGUUAUUUGAAGACUAUAAUAGGUCCAUUCUUAAUUCGAACAGAGUAUAUUUUAAUAUAAUAUACUACA